AUGGAUCGCCCUGACCAGGAAAACCAAGAACAUCUGUACUGCUCUAUAAAGUCUGUCUACUCCGAAAGCGGAACCGGAAGUGAUGACAAAUUCGCAAGAAUACACGAAUGUCCAAAAAGUCCGUCUUCUCUGUCUCCUCCGUCAGAAAACUCCAAAAACCACGAUGUAAACAUACAUGUCCUAAACAGGAGUAUCCGAGCAUUAAACAUUUCCCAUGGUAGACAUCUGGCACAGGAAUUUUACCAGAAUACGUCAUUUCCGGAUAUGGUUCCUAGACACUUGAAUUGUGUUUGUUGUAAUCGUGAGCGGAAGUGGGUAUGUUGGAGGAUGGAAAUCAACAAAAAGAUGGCAGAUAUUGUUCUGAACGGUACUCAUCACAGUGGGGGUUUAAGAACGUGGGAAAUGGUUGAACAUCGCCGAGGACUCCCCAAUCCCGCGAACACGGGAGACUUCGAUGCACAAGGUGACGGUAACUUUCUUCCUUCACAUCAUUUCUUGUUGUUCGGAAUCCCGCGUGCGCGACUUCACGACCGUUUACGUCACUAG